AUGUUCAAGCAAUCAUUUUUGAAACAAUCCUGUAGAUUUUUGGCUACCAAGAAACAACCAAGCAUCGGUAGAUACACUGGUAAGCCAGAUCCAAAGACCGGUAAGUUCACCGUUUCUUUCAUUGAAGGUGAUGGUGUUGGUCCAGAAAUUUCCAAGUCUGUUAAGCAAAUUUUUGCUGCUGCUAACGUGCCAGUUGAAUGGGAAUCCUGUGAUGUUACCCCAAUCUUCGUGAACGGCCUAACCACUAUCCCAGACCCAGCUGUUGCUUCCAUCAACAAGAACUUGAUUGCUUUGAAGGGUCCAUUGGCUACCCCAAUCGGUAAGGGUCACAGAUCUUUGAACUUGACUCUAAGAAAGACUUUCGGUUUGUUCGCCAACGUGCGUCCAGCCAAAUCCAUCGAGGGUUACAAGACUACAUACGAAAAUGUUGACUUGGUCCUAAUUAGAGAAAACACCGAAGGUGAAUACUCCGGUAUCGAACACGUGGUCGCUCCAGGUGUUGUUCAAUCUAUCAAGUUGAUCACCCAAGAUGCUUCCGAAAGAGUCGUUAGAUACGCCUUCGAAUACGCUAGAGCUGUUGGCAGACCAAAGGUUCUAGUUGUUCACAAGUCCACCAUCCAAAGAUUGGCCGAUGGUUUGUUCGUCAACGUUGCUAAGCAACUGUCUUCUGAAUACCCAGAUAUCGAACUACAGACCGAAUUGCUUGACAACACUGUCUUGAAGACCGUCCAAACCCCAGAAGCUUACCGUGACGUCGUCGUCGUUUGUCCAAACUUGUACGGUGACAUUUUGUCCGAUCUAAACUCUGGUUUGUCUGCUGGUUCUUUGGGUUUGACCCCAUCUGCCAACAUUGGUCACAAGGUCUCUAUUUUCGAAGCCGUCCACGGUUCCGCCCCAGAUAUCGCCGGUCAAAACAAGGCCAACCCAACUGCCUUGCUUCUAUCUUCCGUUAUGAUGUUGAACCACAUGGGUUUGACCGAACACGCUGACAAGAUCGAAAAGGCUGUCUUGACCACCAUUGCUUCUAGUGCUGAAAACAGAACUGGUGACUUGGGUGGUUCUGCUUCCACUUCUUCCUUCACUGAAGCUGUCAUCAACAGAUUAUGA